AUAUUGAGGACCCUCGGUUCUGAUUGGCUGCAGGGCGCAGUUAGGACUCGGCGGGGGCGUGGCUCGCAAACCCUGCCGGGCUCCCCCACUUCUGCACGCGCACAGCAUACACAAGGGCUACCCAAGGCGGCUGGAUCCAGCAGCGGUCGACGGAAGGGUGACAUGGACCGAGUCGGCUGAUGAAUCGAUCAUUCGCUCCCCAGUGUCGUGAUGUGCUUGUUUUGUUCAAUCCGUGUUCUCCUCGAAGGGCAUUUUAAAGGAGAGCGCUUUUAGAUUUUUGUUUUCUGCUCACCUUUGUUGGCAAGACUGGGGAUUGUAAAUAAAUCGUGUUUUGCAAGGCCCGUUCCGAUCGGUACCGUCAUCACAAAGAAGGAAAAAAAUAAACGCAUUAUUGUGGAAGGACAAAAAAUGCAUUUACGGCACUGCAGUGUGCGUGAAACAUGUUGUUUUCAUCGCCAGCAACCAAAUUGCAUUCUUUGCUAGGAGCCACCAUCGCGUUCUGGAAUGUUUGGUGACCUGCGGAGCCGAGGCGAAUGAGCCACUGUUUGAAUGCAUAGCAAUCUGAAGCCGGAGUCGGGACACAGCUGUUGCACGGCUGCAGCUGGACCUACAGCGUGCUGAACGAUUCGCCUCGCCUUUGUGUGAAACUGAGCACGUUAUUGGAGACUUGCUUACGCGUUUUCAUUCGCUCCCCCUAUUUUCGGGGGGUUUAGAUGUUUUUGCUUCUAAAGGGGGUGGUGCGGAUAAUUAAGAUAACUUGAGUUUCGAUAUUAAUACUCAGAAAUCGUACCCUGAGGCAGACUCUGGGGAAAAAAAAGUGCAGCUAAUGUCUAAAAGGAGGUGCUGUUUCGGGGAUUGCGAAAACACAAAGGGAAGUUCCUACAUUAACUGGAGAUUAGUGUGAUGAAGAUUUCCCUCGUGAUCGAUUGCAUUUUUUUACAAGGAUACUGGAAAAGCCCCUCAUCCUUAGGUCACCAUUGUCAGAUCAGGGAUAUGAGACCAUCCCCCUGAGGUUACCAAUGGAAAGCACGUCUCUUCGGUGGCGCCCAUGAGAAGCAAAAGAAAGAAAAAUAAACCGUAAAAGCAACAGUUCCAAAAUAAAAAACGGAGGUGUUGGAUCCCGUGUGAAAAGAUUAAAGGGGAUGACUCGGGAACAAUCCGAUUAAUGCGAGUCACAGCAGCAGACUGCAAAGAGAGUCUGAGAGGGGAACGGUCGACUCCGAGCGGCGCGAGCACGAUGAAGGGAGGCUGAUUUGUUUUCCUUUCAUUUUUUUCUUGCCUUGUUUUCCUUUAUUUCCCCCCACCCAAGUCGGAUCUGUCCAUUGAAAAAUGCUCAUGGCAUCGGCCGUAGUUGUGUGGGAAUGGCUGAACGAGCACGGCCGGUGGAGACCUUACAGCCCGGCGGUGUCUCACCACAUUGAAGCCGUGAUCCGGGCGAAUCCCCGUGGAGGCAGCGUCGUUCUGGGCCAAGUGGACAGUAAAUUAUCUCCCUACAUCAUCGACCUGCAGUCUAUGCACCAGUUCCGCCAAGAUACAGGUACCCUACGACCGGUGCGGCGCAGCUUCUAUGACCCAACAUCAGCCCCCGGGAAAGGUGUGGUUUGGGAAUGGGAGAAUGAUUCGGGAUCCUGGACGCCCUAUGAUAUGGAAAUCUGUAUCACCAUACAGGCGGCGCGGGACCGACAGCAGCCAUGGUUGGACCUGACUCCCAUUGGCUUCUGCUAUAUUAUUGACUUCACCUCGAUGAGCCAGAUCAAUCGGCAGACUCAGCGGCGGCGAAGGAUUCAACGCCGGCUGGACCUCACUUACCCGCUGGUGACUGGAGCGUUACCAAAGUCACAGUCCUGGCCUGCCGGAGCUGGCGCAGCAAAUUCCAGUGUGACGUCAGCAUCAAGUACUGGCAUAAACAGCCUCUCUACUAGCAUUGUGGCGGCCGCAUCAGCGCCUCCACCUGGACAGCCUUGUAACUGUCAGCAGUGCAUGCUUGUGAUGAGUGUGAAGGCCACAGCAGCGGCAGCAGCUGCAGCAGCUUCUAGCACACUCAGCCCGCAAAACCGCAAAGGAAAGCAAGCGGCACCACCGCCUGCGACUGUCACACGAAGCCCACCCAACACUAAAUCAGGAAGCCCGGGUGCCAAGCCUUCUCAGAUAUCUGUCAACAGUGCCACAAGCAGUAGCGCGCCAGUCCUCUCCUCAGCUGGGGUUGCCAGCCCCAGAGUUACUGUCUCCUCUGCCAGCACAGGCACCAUUGCCCGUUCCAGUCUGGCCAAUCUGAGCAGGCCCACGCUGCAGAGAAUUGCCAUGGCACAGUCGCGGGCACUUAUAGCUUCUGGAGUUCCUACUGUUCCGGUCAAAAAUUUGAAUGGAUCAAGUCCUGUCCAUCCUGCUCUCGCAGGAAUCACCGGGAUCCUGAUGAGUGCUGCUGGGCUACCUGUGUGCUUAACAAGGCCACCUAAACUUGUCCUGCACCCGCCACCUGUCAGCAAAAGUGACAUUAAACCCAUCCCGGGCAUUGGCAACUCUUGUCGGAAGACUACUAAGAAACAAGCACGCAAAGGUAAAACCCCAGAAGAAGUUGUAAGAAAGUACCUGCAGAAGGUCCGAAAUCCACCUGAAGAGGACUGCACUAUAUGCAUGGAACCACUGGCGUCACCCUCCGGCUACAAGAGUGCUCAAGGGCAGCCGCCCGUCAAGCCUGACCUGGUGGGCAAACUGACAAAAUGCGGGCACAUCUAUCACCUGCACUGCCUUGUGGCGAUGUACAACAAUGGCAAUAAGGAUGGUAGCUUGCAAUGUCCAACGUGUAAGACCAUCUAUGGGGUGAAGACUGGCACCCAGCCACCCGGCAAGAUGGAAUAUCAUAUCAUUCCACAUUCCCUCCCAGGACACCCUGACUGUCGGACCAUCCGAAUCAUUUACAACAUUCCCCCUGGAAUCCAGGGCCCUGAACACCCAAACCCAGGUAAACCGUUUACUGCGAGGGGGUUUCCACGACACUGCUACCUCCCUGACAGCGAGAAGGGCCGUAAGGUGCUGAAACUGCUUCUGGUGGCGUGGGACCGGAGACUGAUCUUCACCAUCGGCACGUCUAGCACAACAGGAGAAUCGGACACGGUUAUCUGGAAUGAAGUCCACCACAAGACAGAAUUUGGGUCCAACCUGACCGGCCACGGCUUCCCAGACCCCAACUACCUGGACAAUGUGCUGGCGGAGCUGACAGCACAGGGCAUCACCGAGGAAAGCCUGCGUGACUGAGAGUCGUCCUCCCUUCGGGAAGAGAACGCAUGUGCUUAGGGACGAGUGCAAGGCGUGUGCGAUUCCUUCAUUCCGAUCUUUUUAUUUUUUUAUUUUUUUUUGGCACUUGCCUUUUCUGUACUGUUUGGCUCUGAGAAAAAGAAAACAAAAUCAACAAAAAAAAGAAAUAAUGUUAAGCACUUUUUUUUUUUUUUUAAUUUUUUUUGGAAGUUCAGUUGCUCUGCUUGUGGCUCAGCAUUCCCAGGGGUGCGGGAUUGCGGCUGUUUUUCAUCUCCAAUCUGGAGAUCACUCUGACAUUCCUGCCCGCUUGCCCCUUUUGUAUUAUAGCGCUCCCACGAUUUUUACAGCCCUCCCCUUCCGCCUGCAUGAGGCCAGGAUUUCUUCACCCUGACUGCCCCCAUAUGAAGGCUUCUCCACUAUGGCAAGUAUUCCAGUAUCCUCCCGGGAAUGUUUACAGUAGCAUGACUUUGUUUUUCCAGUGCUCUUCAAGGCUCCCUGCUGCUCACGUGAGCACGAGUCCAGACUGUAAAGCUGAGAGCAUGACCCAAAACAUCCAAUCUGUCCAGGAGCAGAGAGAGGGCUCAAGUAGUACGUCGAUAGUUGUGUCGUGUAAACAUUAAACCAUUCUUGUUGCUUGAUACUGUAUAUUUGGGGGUAGGGAGCUAUUAACUGGACUGAUGGGUAGCUGUAGCGGGCCGCUUUUCAAUUUUCUCCGACUGACCAUGGGACUCGAGUCUUUUUUUUUUUUUUUUUUUUUAUAUUUUUGUCAGGUUUGUGCGUCUGUACGUGCGCGCGUGUGUGAGAGCGAAGUAGACAGAAUGUCAUUAAUGGAGCAUCCAGGUACCCAACGGGCUCUACUUGUGUUGUGGACAUUCCACACUGGAACAAAAUCCAAGUAUUCCGGCAGAUUUUUUUUUUUUUUGCUAAAGAAAGGGGCACCUGCUUUGGGUUUGGUUAACCUUUUCCUACGCUAUUCACUUCCCAAGGCAAAAAAAAUAAAUAAUGGAAGGGUGGGAUUCAUGGAUGCAAUUUGCUCCUCAGUCUUCCUAGGAAUUUGGCUGUGAUAAAGGUAACUAGAUGAGGCGAAUGGGUGGGGUGUGCACUCUAGGGAAUGUGGGUUUGUGGGAAAGGGGUGGGGUCUUGGGUUUAGAUUGAGGGGUGGGGCUAAUGGAAUAGGGGAGUGGUCAGAUGAGGGCUCACUGUAGGGGACUGGAAU